GUCAAGACUUCGUUUGUCAGUUGAUUUUUUUGCUUAUGUUUUUUAAUCACUUGUAAAUGUUGAAGUAUUUUUGUUUAAUGGAAUAAUAUUUUGUACUAAAAGAUGUAUACACCUACCUCUGUGUCUCUUUCUGGCCCAGCCUUUUCAUUUUUGCUCUACGAAAAUACUAAAUCGCGAUUUCAUCAGGAGGGAUUUUUACUUGGAGAAAUUAUCAAGAAGGAAACUAAAACGAUAACAGAUAGCGAUCAACAACAGGUUAAUAUAAGCAAAAUAAUCAAAAUAAACUCUGUCCUGCCAUUCCCCCAAACCCAUUAUUUUUAUAAUGGCACUGGUAAAAUCAACAAAGAUAAAGUUCGAGAGUUUUUAGGAAAUCAGUUCAGCAAGGUCGUGGCUUGGUACAAAUAUCAAAAAGGCACCAAUACAAAACUAACGCUUAGAGACAGAAUAAUACACAGGCAACUUCUGGAAUUAUUUGAUAUUAGCCCAGAAAUGUUUACCUGUUGUUUGCUUACCACAGAACUAUCAGAUAACGCUGCUACUCACCUUUUUUCACAAAUAUUCGUUCGUUGUAAUAGCUUAGGAUGUGAUAAUAUACCUGUAGUCAUACCAAAUCUAAGUGAGUCAAAUAAUAUGUAUAAAAGUUCAGAAACCUCUUCAGAGACUUUUAAAAAGAUAAUAGGUGAUUUAAAAAUCGAUAAGAGAAACACCCAAGGACUGGUUAUUAUUAAUAAGAUACAGAAUGCAUUGCAGAAACAUAUAGAUACAUUGGUGACAGAUUUAGCGGAAUCUGAAAAAUAUCUCUACGAACUGGAGAAGGAGGUUAGCCAAUUGGAAAUUUAUAAAAAGGUGAAAAAGAAGAAUAGUGAAACCUUGGAUUCUGCCAAUGAUUGUUCAGGUGAUCAUUUAAAUAAUUCUCAGACAUCUAAUUCAAAAGAUCCAUUAUUAAUUGAAUCACCUUCCCAAGCUGAAGCUUCUCCAGAUGUGAAUGCACAUGUAACAGUUAAAAAACAAACAGCAGUAAGGGGUAGAGGAAGAGGAAAAAGGGGUAGCAAGGAGUAAUGGAAAAGAAUUUGGUGUUUCAUUGCUCUUAUAUUUGGGAUUUGUACAGUGUGUUUUCUUAUACAUAAGCCUUCAAAAACAUUUUUUUCAUAUUUAUUUUCAUCCUACAAUGAUUUUUUGAACAUUGAAACCUAAUAUUACUAUUUUUGUUACUAUUAACCUAUGGUUACCAAUAUAUUUUCAACUAAGUACUA